AUGGAAAGCUUGGACUUGCUGGGAUUCCUCAUCAUCACGUUAAACUGCAAUGUGACCAUGGUGGGGAAGAUCUGGCUCAUCUUCAUGGUGCUGUUGAGGGUGGUGGCCGUCGUCCUGGCAGGGUACCCCGUCUACCAGGACGAGCAGGAGAGGUUUGUCUGCAAUACUCUGCAGCCGGGAUGCGCCAACGUGUGCUACGACGUCUUCUCGCCCGUGUCCCUCCUGCGGUUCUGGCUGAUCCAGAGCGUGUCUGUUCUCCUCCCUGACGCUGUCUUCAGUGUCUAUGUCCUCCAUCAAGGAGCCGUGCUGGCUGCCCUGGGACCCUGCCGGUCACACGGAGGUCCCGUGCUGAGCGCCGGGGAGAGGCGCUGCGCGGGACGCUGCCAGCCGAGCGUGCCCGACUUCUCCUGCGGCUACAUCGCCCACCUCACCCUUCGGAUCCUGCUGGAGGCAGCUUUUGGGGCCUUGCAUUACCUGCUCUUUGGAUUCUUGGUCCCAAAGACGUUCUCCUGCACUCAGUCCCCUUGCACCGGCGUGGUGGAUUGUUACGUCUCUCGGCCCACGGAAAAGUCCAUCAUGACGCUUUUCCUCUGGGCGGUGGGCGCCCUGUCCUUGCUCCUCAGUGUCGCUGACCUCAUCUGCAGCGUGCGCAGGAGGACGAGCGGGGGGCGAGGCCCCAGGCGAGGGGCGAAGGGCUCUCCCGUCGGGACGCGGUGCGGAGCCCCGACCUCCCGCCCGGUGCCCGCUGAGGGACGGGAGGCCCCUCGCAGCCUGGGGAGGAGUCGGAUGCAUGAGGACGGCGAGUGGGAGGCGGAGGGGACGCCCAGUCACCCGGGCAUGUGGGCCGCGGGGGACGGUGCCCACAGCCCCGGUGGAAAGUCUGGCGUGUCGGGGCGGACGGAGCUUCCAGAUGAAGGUGACAGUGAGGGGAUGUCCUCAGCCAGUGAAAAGCUGGCUAUGACUCCCAAAGGGGCCCGGGAUCGCUCCCCCAGAAAGGUCCCCCAGGACCCAAGGAGCAAAGGCCCCGCUCGGUCCGAGGAGCAGCCCUCAGCCCUGGGGAGCCGGCUGGCCGGGCACUAUUCCUGCGGCCAGCUCCAGCCCCCUGCCCGGCUGGCCAGCUCCGGCAGCGCCCCCCACCUGAGAGCCAAAAAAUCCGAGUGGGUGUGA